CCGGCGAACGAUCAGUCCGUAAGCGACCGCUUCAGAGUUAAGUGCGCUCUUCUUUUGGGCAACUCCAAGCAAAACUAUACAAGCUACUAUACUAUAUUAUUGUACACUCUCACAUCGAAUCCCGAAGAACAGAUAGAUUAUCAUGAGGAUGAACAGGAUGUGGAUAAUAUUCGCGAGUCGUGCUGCCGGUUGUUAUCUGUGAAACUUUUGUUGUUCUUCCCUUCUGUUCGCUCAUGUUGUUUGCGAUUCGCAUCUUUGACUUGAGUUAAUUAAAACUUUUGUUUUAUUAUCACUAUUAUUGUUUCGUUGCGUUCUAUUUCUUGGACAUUCUUCGAUUUCAUCGUACACAGACACAAAGUAUCAUCAUGUCUACGGGGAAGAGGUUGGCGAAGAGGUCCAUCAUCGGGACGCGCGUAUCUGCUCCCGGCGACGAUGGCAAAUAUUACUCGGGGGUGAUACAGUCGAUAAAGACACCGGGAAGUUUCCCGGAGACGAACAACUCGAUCAAUCUGACGCCGCUCACCAGGUACUCGGUGCGCUUCGACAUAAGGCAGGGACUUCUGGGCCGGAGGGUCACCGAAUUCCUGGAGACUCAGCUCAUCGGACCCGGCUUCAAUUCGGUCAUCGCAACGCAACUCGCUGCCGGCCAAAAGGCCUACGUCACGUACAACAAUCGGGAGGUGGCCGGCGAGGUCUCGUAUCACGACCCGGAAUCGGACGUCGUCAUCAUCAGGAUCUGUCCACCAGGUUGCGAGAUUGCUUUCGAAGUCCAGAAGCGUUUGGAGGAGGUCAGACUGCUGGAGUCCAGGAAAUCGGCCCGACUCUCCCAUCAGGACACCGAUUUCGCUCGCCUCGCGGACAUGUCCUGCGAUCGCAAAAGAGCUGCCUCGCAAUCCAUCGACGUACCCAUCCAGCAAAACACAAAUACACAUCGAUCUCGCAAAAGACGACCAAGCGAUGAAGACGAAGAUGAAAGCCCUAAUGAUUCUCGAAUGGACGAGUGCAGGGCUGCAUUGGUCCUCAUGAGUCUCUCAGCUUCUCCACUUACUACCAUUUUUUUUGCAGAUGUCCUUGCAGAUAUGUCUUGGAUAGGAACUUCCCCAGAGAGCAGCAGCUCGGCUUCUUCGUGCAGACUGUCUCCGUCUCCUCCACCCAGGGACACGACCUCACCAAAUGCGGCGAUACUGUCCUCGAGUUCCGCGUCGGACGAAGGAAUUGGCAUGGACUUUCUGUACGAGAUGCCCAGGAAGAAAAAGACUAUUCGCCGUAUAGUUUUCCAAUGCACAUGGCCCGGAUGCCAAAUAGAGACCAACAUGUGCGAGACCAUCGAGGCCCAUGUCAGAAAAGACCAUCUCAACUGUGAUAAGACAAACGAUCGUGAGGAGGAAUUCUACUACACCGAGCGGGAGGUGAACGAGUCCAGUCCGCCACCAACCCUCUCGCACCGCGACAUGGCGCGACCUCCCCACGAAGACCCCGAAUACCAGCGGCUUCUGGUCGGAUGCUACAGACAGCAGAUGCUCACCGGCCCAAUAAACAUACCUCAAUCACCUCACAAGCUGCCUAAGCUGUCGGCUAGACCGCACAGCCCCAAGACGCCUGCCUCGCCUAGGCGGGCCCGCGGCGAGAGCAAGAAGUGCCGCAAGAUCUACGGCAUGGACCACAAAGAUAUGUGGUGCACGCAAUGCAAAUGGAAGAAGGCGUGCAGCAGGUUCGGCGAAUAAACCUGAACCAAGGCGAUCCAACAAAAACCAAAAGCAAAUAUCAAGACGUAAAUCAAAAAAAAAAAAAAAGAAAUGAAGAAUUAGUAGAAGAAAAAAAAAAGCUGGGGACAACCACCAAAACUAGUCCGCAAUUUUUUUUUUGUGUAUAUUAUUAAUUAAUUUUAUUACUUUUAUUCGUUUAUUCGUAAUCGUUUUUUCUUCUUUACUAUUAAUUUUUUUGUUUUGUUUUACUUUCAAAUUUUAUUAUAUUUUGAUACCUAAUUCCGGGAAAAGAAACACAUUUGUCAAUAAGCGCCCUCCGGCGAUCGCAAAUCGCAUCAAACGUGUACUUAAAACA